GGGACUCCUAUCCAACAGGGCAUCGGAGGAGGAGGUGUUCCUGGUAGCCAUCUUGGAUGUGCGGAGUGAUUGUUUAGCGAGAAGAUUUUUUUUUAAUUUAGAAAAAUAGCCUUUGUACUGAAUCGUUGAAGAUUUACCGGAGUGGGACGACUGAGGAAAGAAAUCGUAACUCGGGAAAAUCCAGAAAGCUGCAGCCGGUGGGAAGCUGCAGCUCGCCACAACACAGCAUCAACUUGUGUGUUUGCUGUUAAAAAAGGAAAAGCCCAACUUCCUCUGCUGAGCCGCGUAAAAGAAGGCAUGAAGACAUCAUCCUAGUCAUCAGUCAUGGCCGAUAAAAGGAAACUUCAAGGUGAAAUAGAUCGAUGUCUGAAAAAAGUAGCGGAGGGCGUGGAACAGUUUGAAGACAUUUGGCAAAAGCUUCACAAUGCAGCAAACGCAAACCAGAAGGAAAAAUAUGAAGCAGACCUCAAAAAAGAGAUUAAAAAGCUACAGCGUCUUCGAGACCAGAUCAAGACGUGGGUUGCAUCCAACGAGAUAAAAGACAAAAGGCAGCUAGUAGAGAACCGCAAACUCAUAGAAACGCAAAUGGAGCGGUUCAAAAUUGUGGAGAGAGAAACCAAGACGAAAGCGUACUCAAAAGAAGGGCUGGGUCUGGCCCAGAAGGUGGACCCGGCCCAGAAAGAGAAGGAGGAGGUCGGCACGUGGCUAACGAAUACUAUAGACACGUUGAACAUGCAGGUGGACCAGUUUGAGAGCGAAGUGGAGUCUCUUUCAGUCCAGACGAGGAAAAAGAAAGGAGACAAAGAGGAUCGGAUUGAGGAGCUGAAGAAGUUCAUUGAAAGACAUCGUCACCACAUCCGGAUGCUGGAGACCAUACUGAGGAUGCUGGACAACGACUCGGUGCAGGUGGACGCCGUCAGGAAGAUCAAGGAUGAUGUGGAGUAUUAUGUGGACUCGUCGCAGGAUCCGGACUUUGAGGAGAACGAGUUUCUGUACGACGACCUGGACCUGGAAGAACUCACUCAGACGCUGGUCGCCACCUCCCCGCCCGGACAAUUGGAGGACGAGAUCUUCCAGCACUCCAGCAGCACGCCCACCUCCACCACCUCAUCUUCACCCAUCCCCCCCUCGCCUGCCACUUGCACUACAGAGAACUCAGAAGAUGACAAGAAGAGGGGACGUUCAACAGACAGUGAGGUGAGUCAGUCACCAGUGAAGAAUGGAAACCCCUCUUCCUCAUUAUCCUCUUCCUCCUCCUCCUCCUCUUCCUCCUCCUCCUCCUCCUGCUCUUCUUCUUCCUCCGUCUCGGGACUGACCCCAUCCUCACUUGUUUCUAUGGUGGCCAUCACGGGGGGAGGACUUGGCGGCACUGGGGGCAACAGUCAUCACGGCAGCUUGGGGGGUCUCCUCUCCAACACGUCAGCUGGCAGCUACAGCAACGCCACCCAGCAGCAGCCGCACCCGUUGGCACAGCAACAGCAGGCCAAAAGCUUAGUGAGCUCCACCCCUUCAGCUCCUAUCUCCAUCCCCAUGACCUCCAUCAACAGCCACCUGGUCUCCUCUGCCUCUUCUCCCCCAAACGCCAUCACACAGGGGCUCUUCACUUCAAACUCCCAGUCCCAGUGUCUGUCGGGGCCCACCCAGUCCUCCAACAGCCUCGGCCUCAGCCUGGGCCUCUCGCUGGGGAAAGGCGGCAUGUCCAUCCCCACCAGCUCGAUGUCCGGGAGCCUUGGCCUGUCAGGGAUGCCGGCAUCCCUGAGCACCAUGGCGAGCCUCCUGUCCGGCUCCACCCCGGCACCCUACGCUCAGGCAGCCUCCUCAGGUGCAAUCGGCUCCGGCCUGCCAGGCUCUCUGGGCGGCAUCGGCAUCAACCCCACGACGACCAACAGCGCAGUAGGCUCCAUCGGAAGUGGAAGCAUCACAGUCGGCGGGCCUACGUCCUCAACUGGAGGUCUGCUGGGCCCAGCGCCGGGGUUGAGCAGCAUCGGCUCUGGGAUUCUUGGUUUGGGUUCCAGUCAGUCGGGGAUGCAGGGCUCCUCCCUGAUGUCGCUGAGCCCAGUUGGAGGAUUAGCGCCGGGUAGCGGAGUCGGAGUCAUCGGGAGCAACGGAGGCAGCUCAGGAUCAGCAGUGAGCGGAGUGGUGGGAGGAAACCUGUCGCUCUCCGUCAGGCCGCCGAGCCAGCAGAAGCAGAAUGGUAGCACUAGUUACAGCGCUGUGUUAGCAGACAGCACAACAGACUCCGCCCUCACCAGUGUCAGCCAGUCACUAAGCAGCCAACCCUCGUGUUUGACCUCCACAGCCAAUCAGCCUAAGGACACUGGUCCCAGUUUACUGGGCUCCAUUUGUUUGUCGUCCAGCUCCCCGUCGCAGGCCUUUUACAGCGAAGCCAAAACGGUGAGCAGCGGCAGCCUGCUGAACGGUCCACUGUCCUACUCACAGUCCUCAGACAGCAUCAAGCCCCAGGAGACUCUGAGCAGCCUGAAGUCCAUGGCCGAGCGAGCAGCACUCAGCUCAGGGAUGGAGGGAGACGUGCCCUCCCUGCACCUCACGCCAGUCUCCCUCUCCUGUCUCUCUUCAGACAUCUUCCCCAGCAGCACUACGGGCCCCUCGGGCCCCCCGUCAGCACCUCAGCUCUCGCUGUCGGAGGUCAGCAUCCCCCCGUCAUUGGGGGUGUGCCCGCUGGGGCCGGUUCCCCUCUCCAAAGACCAGCUCUACCAACAGGCCAUGGAGGAGGCGGCGUGGACGCACAUGCCCCACCCGUCCGACUCCGAGAGGAUCAGGCAGUACCUGAUGAGGAACCCGUGCCCCACCCUGCCUUUCCACCACCAGGUGCCACCGCCCCACUCCGACACUGUAGAGUUUUACCAGAGGCUUUCCACCGAAACCCUCUUCUUCAUCUUUUACUACUUGGAGGGCACUAAGGCCCAGUAUCUGGCAGCCAAAGCCCUGAAGAAGCAGUCAUGGAGGUUCCACACAAAGUACAUGAUGUGGUUUCAGAGGCACGAAGAACCCAAGACCAUCACGGACGAGUUUGAGCAGGGAACGUACAUUUACUUUGACUAUGAGAAAUGGGGCCAGCGCAAGAAGGAAGGCUUCACGUUUGAGUAUCGGUACCUAGAAGACCGAGAUCUCCAGUGACCUGCAGCGAAGAAGACAGACAGACAGACGGACAGCUGAGGAAGUGAGAGAGGGACAGACGGAUGGAGAAGGGUGCUCCACCUGCUGACAUUCCAUGAUUUGACCUCGACUCGUUGGGGAGAUGUUCAGGUUGGAGGGGGCCGAGCAGAUUUGCAACUCCUCCCUCCCUCUGACCCUCCAACCCUGCCUCAUCAUCCUCACCCCAGCAGUGAUUACUCCUCCCACCCUGUCAUCCCUCUUCGUCCUCCUCCUCCCCCCUUCUAUCUUCAGGCCUUUUAUUCCGAUCUUUUCCUGAACGAAAGUCUUUAAAAGACUUUGGUUUGUUUUGGCAGAUAAGACGCAACAACUAAAAAGAAUCACACCUAAUAAUCAGACUAUCGUGUGCUUUUCCCCUCCGUGUUAUCUUUUUACGUUGGCUUUAAAAACCUUUGAUAUAUUAGCCCCUUUAAGAACCAAAGAGAAUUGGUUAAUCAUACAGUACAGGCUCUAAACAGAUUUAGAGGUCGCAAGUGUAGAAGUCUCAACCGCACACACUAGAUCUGUGUUGUGUCAGUGAUCCAGCAGCAGGACAGGAUUCAAGGGAAAACUGUGACUUAAGUUUUGUAAAUUCGGUGAGAAUAAGAUGAGGAUGUCCAGACGGGAGGUGAACUGACUCCAGAGGAACUUAACGGCCCGUAACGUUGACCUGUAACGACCUGAAACGUCUCUGCUCUGGGCUCUGCCGGGUUCUCCACUGUGUUUUACAAACCAGAACACUUUGUGUCAGCUGCCACCGAUUGUACGUUAUUAAACGCCGCUUCCAAUACGUAGACAAACAUCAGUGCCGGGAGAAUGCGGUAGAACAUUCGUAAUAUGAAUUUUCUUUUGCAUUUACAUUUAGUGAUUUUUGAAAGUCUGUGUUAUUACGUGAAUAGGAGAGCCCCACCAGCAGUGGGAGGUCGAGGCCGGGGGGUGACGCUGUCUCUCCGAUCCGUACCGUCAAAAAAAAAAAGUCAUUCAAACCUUUUUUCCCAAUAAAAUAAAUAUAACUCCAAUAAUCUCAUUAGUUUGUAGACGUCACAUGAUUUUGAAAAUACCAACGUUACUGGGAAUAAAUUCAACUUUUCCAAAUGCAGGAGGCAAUGCAGAAUCCCUAAACAUCUAAACA